AUGGCGGACGUCCGAUCGCUCCUCCGGAAUGAACUAGCCUCGCGCAAGGGCGCGUCGCCGAAUACCACAGGAAACCGAGUCAGCAAAAAGCGCAAGGUCGAUAAUGGAGAAGGCGUGAUGCGCAAAAAGCUGCGGUCCACAGAUCUCGAGACUGUUCAGGCGGCUGCGAGUGCACAAGGCGCUGAGCCUAGAGCUGAAGGGACAGCUGAGGAGGACGUUUUGGAGCCCGUCGAAGAAACAAAUGUCGAAGAACCGCUCGCUGAGAAACAACAGACCGCUUCAUCAUCCGCGCAACAAACAGCGCCACCGCCACCGCAAGAAUCUUCUGGUACUGUCGACGAAGACGAAUGGGCAGCCUUUGAACGCGAAGUCGUCGCGCCAACACGAACUUCACAUGCCCCUGCUGCUGUCGUAGCUGAAGCCACUAUUUCCGCAGCGCCUGUAAGCAACGAGGAGCUUGCGGAACAACAGAAAACAGAGAAGGCGUCCGCUGGUCGAACGCGCGAAGCCGAGUUAGAAGGAGAGCGGGAGGACGCCGCACGCUUUAUGGAGGAAGAGUUCGAUGAGAUGGACCAACUUGAGGAGCGCGUUCGAAGGCUGAAGCAUAUGAGAGAAGAGCUGCGACAAAAACGUUCCAAGGACCAGACUCGUGAUGUCCCUAUGGUUUCGGAGGAUCAACGGGCGGCUGAGAGUGACAGUGACGAGGACGACGACGAGGAGUGGGAUGAUUGGCGAUUCAAAUAA